AUGCGGAAAACCCAGCCCGGAGCCGCGCGGAGUUUCCAAUCUGUGGCAGCGAACAGCAACGGAGGCAAAUCUCCGGGAGAAGCCCGGACGCCGCGCCGGCUCAAGGCGACCGUGGCUCGUCGGGUACCCUCAGGGUGCCCCGAGGACGGCGGGGCCAUGCCGGAUGCCGCGCGGAGCCUGCUGGCGCUGCUGGCGCUGACGGUCGCUUGCGAGUGGCUCAUCCCGGCGGUGGCAGGAGAACCUGAUACAACUAAAGCUUGCAAAAUGGAAUGCCUCGACCAUUUACGGAGGAAAUUUCCUUUGAGUAUACUAGAGAGCUACACAGUUAGCACCUGCAGAGGCAAGACGUCAAUCAUAUUGAAAACGAAGAAAAACAGAUUUUUUUGUGCCAAGAGAGACGAUGACUGGGUAAAGAAAGCUAUGCAGGCCAUGGAUGCAAGGACUAAAUUCGGCCACACCAUAAAAAGUCUCCCUGUAGCUAACAGACAUUCAGGAGAAACUAAGUUGGAGGUUGAGGGCCACGCUCAACCCACGAAAAAAAUUAGCACAACCCCCUACAAGACAGCUACACUCCCCGUGAGAACCACAGGAGAGGCACAACCUUCUGUGGAAAGAGGGUUGUCUGGGAUGGAGGCCACCACAUCUUUUGCAUCGUUGAUUCCUCAACCAGAAACUAUUGCUGAUAAAUCCACCCUUCAGCCUUACUCGAUUGCAAAUCACGAGAUAGGGACAGAAACCCUUGAGGGGCACAAAGGAUUGGGGGAGCACAUCCCGUCAACGAAGAAAGGCCUGGAAGAUUUCUCUGGAACAACCCCACAAUUGGUGUCACCUCCUAUGCCUUUUCCAGGAUCUGACAGAACAAGUACCCAAAGCCCUGCAUUCGUUUCAGAAACUCUUGCGAAUCCUUCAACCCGUCCUUCCAUGAACUCUCCCAUCAGCAAGCUUCUCCAGAAGUCUGUCACAAAAGAUAAGAUGUUGAUUAUGAUACCCACCAAGGUUUCCAACUCUUCCGAUCAACACCGUUUGCUUUUCAGCAGCUCCAGCGCAGACCAGGAACUGCAGUCAGCUGAGGGUUCCACAACUCAACUUCCUGCCAACUCUAGUAGUCCUUCAAGCAGACAGUCCAACUCUGGUAGAACCAGCCUCAGUUCUGUCCAGUUUCGAGGUGUGGUUGAUGCAGAAUGGGAAGGAGGCACCACAGAAUUGCCUUUAUCUAUUGGAACUGGUAGAACUUUCCCCAAACCUUCAGACCCUCUCCAAAUUCCAGGUCAUCGGCAAGAAACUUUUAUUGAGAGUACUUCAAUACCCAACCCAAAUACCCCACCAGGAACUGUAGUUUGCUAUCCCCGUUCCCAAUCCAUGGUACACAAUUACAUUAUCCACGUGCUUUCUAUUGGGGUUGUUCUCUGUGUCCUCUUGGCAGUUGGUGGCUUAGUCUACUUUAAGCGUAACCUGUGUAUCAAACGGUCACCCAAGAGGCAGGUUCAAGGCAUGAUGUACUACGCAUGUGACUCUCAGGCGGAGUCACAUUCCAUGGAACUUGUGUGACUUCUCCAUCUUUUUUGAUUGGCAAAAAUCCGUCUUAUUUCACAAGAGGGAUGAGCUCUGCUGGUCGCACAACUGAUGGGAGUCCUUGUCUGGUCUCCCUCUUCUUCUCUGCCAACGUCCGGACAGUUUACCGCUGUUGGUCAAAGGCUGCACUAAAGCAUAGCAACUCCUCAUUGGCCUUAUUGAGAUGUUUAGCCCACUGGGCUACUAUGGAGCAAGGACAGAGUCUUCAGCAUGGGAGGCAGGCCUCCAUACCAAAGCAAGAACGUUCACUGGAAGAAAAGAGAACUAUUCCUUCUUGGGCUGAAUAUGCCCAAUAGGUUGUCGGUACGAUUUGAUUGUAAUUGAUGUCUGCAAUGUUGAGAUGAGCCAUAAGGAUGGGCAGGGCUGACCUAGAACAUCUAUCUGUUUGAGAUGAAACAAGUACCCAUCAGUGGUGGGAUUCAAAAUUUUCUACUAACAGUUCUGUGGGUGUGGCUUCAUGGGCG